CGAGAAAAACAAUAGUAGCUGCAAUUUCCUGAAACCGUAAACUAAACUGAAAGCGUUUCGUUUCCAUAGAAACAGGCUACUCCCGAAACCAGCACACACCAGAAACCAUCCAAACCAUUGGAAAACAAAAUAAAAAUGAGAAUUAUAAUUGCCGAAGAUCCAAACUGGUCCCUGGAUUUGGUUCCCAGUUUGUCCAGCCUAUGUCAACGAUGCAUUGCAGACACAAUUGAAGAUCAUCAGCAUUUAUUUGAAAAACUCACACCCCAGCUGAAAGAUUCAAUUCAGCCGAGGUUGUCUCUUUCCCUGCCUCUGCAUGUGACUGCCAACCUGGUCCCUGACGGUGUGUUCUGGAAGCGGUGCUGCCAGCAGCGGUGGAACAUCUGUGACAUUUCUCACUAUGGCCACAGCUGGAAACGAAUGUUCUUCGAAAGGCACUUGGAGAACUUGAUCGAACUUUUCGUCCCAGAGGAAACAGAGUUUAAGGUCAUUCUUGAUGUGCUCCCUCUCUGUAAAAAUUAUAUCAAGAGGUUGAACAUCACACAGCUGCUGCUGCCUUCAAGGAAGUUUGUGAAGGGGAGAGAUGAUGAUCAGCAUGAAGUAGUAAUGCUUACUAAUGAGGAGGAAGAUGAUAUGGCAGCUAGUCAUUUUGACUUUGGGAUUGUGUUGACUGAGCUGAUACACCUGGAAGAGUUCCAUUUGGCGUAUAAAAUCAAACAAUGUGGGAUGAACUUUGAAUGGUCAAUGUUCCAAAUAACCGACAGGGACUGUAGAGCCCUCACCACAGCUUUUAAAGCCUGCAAAACUCUAAAGGUUCUGAGGAUUCGUCAAAGUCAAAUUGACGAUAAAAAGUGUCGCCCGCUGCUGAGAUGCCUUAUGGACCAUCCUUCCCUGAUAGAGCUCGACUUAUCCCACAACAUCAUCAGAGAUGCUGGUGCCAGGUCUGUUGCUGAGUUGCUCUCCAAGGGCCAACUGGAGAAACUCAACAUUUGCAACAAUGAAAUCGACAUCCAUGGAGCCAAAGCCUUAGCUCAGGCUCUGUCAAACAAUUCCACUCUACAGUACCUAAACAUGCGUCUGAACCAGGUGAAGGAUGAAGGUGGGGAGGCCAUUGCCGAGGCCUUGCAGAACAACACGACUCUGAGAUACCUGCACCUGGGAGGGAAUGAUAUGACCUCCAUAACUGCUGUUGUGCUGUCAAAAGUGCUGCAAAAGAAUGAAACACUGAAGACCCUCAAUCUGUCCUGCAACAACCUUGGAGAGAUUUCAUGGCAUACUGUAUCUCUGUCUGGAAAACACUGCAGAGGAUCAAAAGUCACCCACACAGCAGAAAUAUCGGAGGUAAAGCUUUGGCAGAGGCGAUGGUUCACAACAGCACUCUAACAGAAUGUGAUAUCCGCCAGACAGACAUUGAUGAGACUAAUUCUGCCUCCAUUAACAAGGCAAUUUGGGACAAUCAGUGUGCAGACUGGGAUAAGGAAGUUCAGCAGAGGAGAAAAAGUACCAUCUAUCUUUAAUACAAACCUGCAUUUAUCAGAUACAGAGUCUUACUCCAUAUCUGUAUCUUAAACCUUCUUUCAAACACUACUUCAUACACUUUUAACUUUAAUUUUAAGGAUAAUUUUAACCUGCCUUUCUGAAUUUUAGGUUUGUUUGUUAGAUGUUUUUUAAAAUGUAGCAUAUUUGUGGUUAAAAAAUAUUUUUAGCAUAUAAAUUUAUGAACCAAACAAACCAUUCUGCAGGAUUUCUAAUGCUGUAAGUAUGUGUUCACAUUAACAUUGAAAAUGGUGACAAUUUAAGGCAAAGUAACUUGAAAAAGUGAGCCAAAGCUUGGAAAAAGAGGCUAUAUCACCACAGCACCAUGAACGUGCAUCAUGCUGUGCAGGAACAAGUAACAAAAUCUGAAAAUGUUUGACACUUUGUUAUGAGGCCUAAUAAACAAGAAAAGGUUAUAGUACCUUAG